AUGCGGAAUCGAAAAUGUAACAAUCCUGCGCCUGCAAAUGAGGGUAAAACAUGUUUUGAUCAACAGCUUGGUUCAGAAAUGGAAUCCGAGGCUUGUAAUAUCGAGCAGUGUGAAGGUAAGACAGGAAUCCAGUUGCCGUUCUGGUUUUUCUCCUCGCGUACCGUGUAUAGCUAUUUCCAAUCAUUGCUGACACUGUCGUGAGCGCAUGUGACUUCUGUCACUAGUCAGAGUUCCAUUCUGGCGAAAUACAUUUGGUUCAUUAUAAGUCACCUGUACCAGAAAUGCACCGCAAAUGUUCUCGAGUGGUCCGGUUCCCUCCUGUAGUUCCAAAGGCUCUUACUACGUCUAUGAAGAACAGUUUAGAACUGAUAGAAUUUGAGUUUUGUACAAUUACCAAGAUUAAACAUUUUCUCGUAAAAUCCUUUUCCAGGUCAAUGUGAACCGACAUGCCAAAAUGGAGGCCAGUGUAUUGGAAAACAAUGCCAGUGUACGGAAAUGUACCAGGGAAAAUCUUGUGAAAAAGGUAAAAUUUUGUUUCUUUUAUUUAAUUUUGAAAUGGCCAAAUAGUUGUGACAAGUUGAUGGUCAUUUUCAAUUUUUUACAAAAUUGAGGAUCCGACGAACAUUAAACAUUGUUGUUUCAAUCAUUUUCAUUUUUUCUUUAGCAAUUUGUAAAAAAGCAUGUUUGAACCAGGGCGUGUGUAUCGAUCCUUUCAAGAAUCUUUGUCGUUGUAGGAAAGGAUACUGCGGUUUAAGAUGCGAGAAGAGUAAGUAUGAAGGAUAUUUAACAAGUUGAAUUGUCUGUUAUAAACUAUUCUCCUAGAAGGAUCAGUAUACAGCAAAUAUAUAGGCGCAGGGAUCAUCCCUUAUUGAUCUAGACUAGUGUUAUUACAAGAGGUAACCUGUGGUGUUUGGUAGGGUCCAACUAGAAGCUACGAGCAUCUUCAGUAAUAUGUAAAUUGAAUGGUUUCUCCAUCCUAGGUGGCCAAGCUUGUCAACUCUACAGUUUCUAUUUCCGUAUCACAAACCUGGCGAAGAAAGAUGUCGUCUUCUUCUCUAGUGAUGGAGUCCCUCAGAAAGGCUCCCCGAUAGGCUCUCGACGUAUCGUGGAAAUAAAAAAGAAAACAUUGAGUAGAGCUCCUGUCACUUUCCAAGUGAAGAGUGGAAAUAAUCUUCUGCUUCUUAACACAAAAGCUGGUAUAACUCUCAUCCCGGGAAAGAUUGUAAAACAACCUCUAUCUUUGACUAUUACAGGUAAUGUUUCUGUUUCUUCAUGAUUUUUUCUUAUUAUGUCUUGUUUGAGACACGUUGCUGAGCUUUUAUAUUUAUUUUUAAACUGCAAUUGUAGCUUUGCCUCGUUUGUUUGUUUGUUUUGUUUGUUUGUUUGUUUGUUUGUUUGUUUGUUUGUUUGUUUGUUUGUUUGUUUGUUUGUUUGUUUGUUUGUUUGUUUGUUUGUUUGUUUGUUUGUUUGUUUGUUUGUUUGUUUGUUUGUUUGUUUGUUUGUUUGUUUGUUUGUUCGUUUGUUCGUUUGUUCGUUUGUUCGUUUGUUUGUUUGUUUGUUUGUUUGUUUGUUUGUUUGUUUGUUUGUUUGUUUGUUUGUUUGUUUGUAUUUAAGUGCUGUUUUUAAUGCUACUCAUUUUAAUUUUUCUAGAAUCCAUUCCACAAAAGCUUUACUUCACAAAUUUACGUGUUACCAACUUGGCUAAAACAAAUAUUUUAUUAAAAGCAAGCGAUAAUGUCCCAUCUAAAGGUUUUAACAUUAAAUCAAACGUAAUCGCCGAAAUCACAAAGAAAACGACAAAUCCCAAACAAGUAUUGUUCCAAGCCUUCGAUGCGAGUUCGAAAAAAGCGCUGUGGGUAAAUGGUAGACAGUCGUUCAGUGUUAAACCUACAGAGAUGAAGGGACUGCCUGUGUCGUUAACGGGUAUGUGCUUUUUUGUAUAUGAGUGAUUUAUCGUUUGAUUUCAUGACUGAUUAUCCGGAGCAGGCUGAUAGUGAUUUUUUCAACGUUUUUAAAAAUGCGUGAAAAAUUUUGAAACCACGGGUAUGGUCUCUUGGUUGCAAUUUACAGAUAUGUUGAAUACUUAUAAUUAUAUAAAAUAUAUAUUCCCGAUUCUCUUGAUACUGCGCUUGUGUGAAAGAGAAAACGGUAAGAGUAGGUAAAUUUGGUGCACCCCCCCCCCUUGCACCCCUCUUCAUCAAGGCCAACGUUACCCCCAUGUGCAAUUCCCCCUCCCCCCCCGAUAAAUCCACCACUGUGUUGUAGGGAUACUAAUGUUAUCUUUGUUGUUUUGCAGUUCCCGUGGUACAGACGUAUCAUAUUGUGUUACAAGUGACAAACCUUGCUCGAACUGAUGUCAUCUUAUUCCCACAAGGCCUAGCGCCGAAGGAAGGCUUGCUUGUAAAGAACAACGUGAUUGUUCUCAUUAAACUGAAAACCCAACAAUCAUCUGCCGUCACUUUUACUGUCCUGGAUGCGAAGACCAAAGAAACGUUUUAUAUCAACGGCGCUAAAAGUAUCGGCAUUGUACCCAAGUUAGUCGCAGACACCCCUGAACCUUUGACUGUCACAAGAUCAGGUAUAUCUUGGCUCUUUAGUUUUUGUUGCUGAAUAACCUAACUUUCUUUAUACUGGAUAGAUCUGUCAGUUCUGAACUGUUGUCCCUAGAGGUCCAGUAAGAAUCAUCUCUUAUUGAUCCAGUAUUACUACAGGAGGAAACCUAAACAAAACUAACUUUAUACUGGAUAGCUUUAUCAGUUCUAAACUGUUCUCCUUAUACCAUCUCUUGGUAAAAAAUUUUAAUAAAUGAAUAAAUUUUUAUAAGUAAUGAAUCAAUUGUACUAUAUUUCAGCCGGAGAAAUCUCCGCUUCUUCGUAUUAUGUGGUGAUUCAAGUUAUCAAUAAGACGCCGCGGAAAAUUGUCCUCAUUCCAGACGACAAUGAACCAGCCCAAGGCUUUGCACUCGGUCCUAAAACUAUUUCACUGAUCACCAAGACUGUUCGAGCUAAACAGCCAAUCAUAUUCACAGCAAUUGACGCAGAGAGUGAUGGAGAAUUGCUUAUUAAUGAACAGACCAAUGUAUCCUUGGUUCCCACCAUUAGUAAAGAUCACAUCGAGAGCUUGACUGUAACUUCAGGUAGGAGUAAUAAUCUUUGAACAGAGCAUCUGAUGGACCCUUUAACGUAGAACAAUGCCAUCAAAUCAUGAUCCAAUCAUCGGAAUUUUUCAUUUGAAAAGUGGUUUCAAUAUGGUUUAUUUUCAUUUUGUAGAAUCGGGCGACGAGGAUACAGGUAUGGAAAAUUUAUUUAGAACUGAGUUUACAACUUAAAGAGUCUGACAUUCUGAGAAAAAGGGUUUCUUUGGAAGAAAAUUAAGGAAGAUUGCGAACGGGAGAUAAAAUGACUUGUGUUCAGUGCUCGUACAAAACUUGAAAGUCCUUGAAUGUCCUUGAAUUUGAAAACAAAAAUUCGAGGCCUUGAAUAUCUUUGAAUUUGUUAAGAAGUCUUUAAAAGUCCUUAAAUGUUUCUUGUUUUUGGAUAUUUUGUGAAAUUUUGUUUGACAUUCAAACGGACAUUUUGUUGAAUUGAUUUUGCAUGUCCAUAACUGUCCAUUAAAGUUUUAAAAAUUUAGUCCUUGAAUUUGCUGAUACAUGGCCUUGAAUGUCCUUGAAAAGUCCUUGAAUUUGACUCUUCCUCACAUGUGCGAACUCUGUGUUUUAUUUCCAGUGAACUCUAUUUAUUUCAGGUCAACCUCAGAUGGAGCCCUACUACUUCUGGUCUUUCCUAACAAUCAUCAACGGCAAGAUCCCAGGUCAUCUUCCCUUCAUUGUCAACGGCCAUGUCGAGGUAGUUGAUGGAGGUCUAUACUUUGAUGGUAUCACGGCAUUCCUCAGCACUCACCUUGUUCCUACCAACAUCCUGUCAAACCCAGACAUGGCAAAAGAGGGAUUGGCUUUUGGAAUUAAGCUGAGAUUUGAUGGAACUGCAAAGGAAUACGACACGCCAAGAUAUGUUCUAGAUACCGAGGCAACAAGCGGUGGAAAAACAGGAGUUUCACUUUAUGUUCUCAAUGGAAAGAUGAUUGCAGAGAUUGCCACGUCGAACAUGAAGUGGAAGGUACAGGAUCGUUGUCUUCACUAACUUUAUGUAGAUUGAAUACUGUAGCUCUUUUGGUUCUAAACUAUUCUCUGUAGGGGAUAUUGUUCCAGUGUUACAGCAGGAAGAAACCUAAAUUAAACUAACUUUAUCUAUACUGGAUAGCUCUAUCAGUUAUAAACUGUUCUUCCUAGAGGUCCAGUAAGGAUCAUCUCUUAUUGAUCCAGUGUUACUACAGGAGGAACCCAAAACUAAACUAACUUUAUUUAUACUGGAUAGCUCUAUCAGUUCUGAACUGUUCUUCCUACAGGUCCAGUAAUGAUCAUCUCUUAUUGAUCCAGUGUUACUACAGGAGGAAACCUGAACUAAACUAACUUUAUUUAUACUGGAUAGCGCUCUAGAUUCUCUACUCUUCUUCCUAGAGGUCCAGUAAGGAUCAUCUCUUAUUGAUCCAGUGAUACUGUAGGCGGAAACCUGAACUAAACUCACUUUAUUUAUACGGCGUGGCUCUCUAAGUUUUAAACUGUUUCCCUAGAAGUCCAUUUAUUAUUGAUCCGGUGUUACUACAGGAGGAAAGAUGAACUGAGAUUUUUUCCCUUCCUCUCUCCAUCAUUACUGACUCUACAUAUGUCUAAAUCCACAGGCAGAAAUCAACUUAAUCUACGACAAAUGGCUCUACAUUAUCGUGAACUGGAAACCUACCUCUGGACUCUUCAUUGCUUUAGACGGCUUCCCCAAAUCCUCUGAUCCAAAAGGCAGCCCUGUAAUUGGACUACAACCUUCAACAAGAACCCCAAAUUUCUGUCUUGGUAGAAACGUUGGUGGAGCUGGUUUCUAUUUUACCAAAUUUUACCUUGCCUCUUUGGUGGUGUUCAAGGAAUUUUUAUCAGACUCUCUAUUAUAUCCUAUUUACUCAUACUAUCGAAUUAAUGGUAAGUUGGGUUGAAUUGUCGCACCUGUGGGCCUUCAAUGGGCUACACACGUGAAAACACAAACAAACCCGCAGCAGACUUGUAGCAAUGCUGUUCCAACAACUUGUCAACAGGAUGUGUUCGCACUGCUUGUUCCCAGCUUGUUGAUAACUUUCUACAAGGUUGUUUAGCUCAACAGACUUUUUACAAGUUGUUCCAACAACUUAUUAUCGUCCUGGAAUUCAACAAUAGCAACAGCAUUGUUACAACUUGUUAGCCUGUUGCGAACACAUCUUGUUGACAAGUUGUGAGAUUUUUACUUGUGUGGGAAGCAAAAAGUGGCAAAUAUAUUGCCUAUGUUAUUUUUAAUGUCCUUGUGUAUCUUUUAGUGCUUGUUCAGCCAAGUAAACUGUACUUCGCCAAUUUAAAAGUUCUCAACAAAUUCGCCGGUGCUGUUGAAAUAAAGUUUAGCGACAACGUACCACCAAAUGGUUUUCUCAUUAAAAGCAAAGUGAUAGCAAUGAUUAAGAAAAAGACUAACAGUCCUACAGCUAUUACAGUUCAUGCUGAAGAUCCGCUUACGAAAAAGCCGUUGUAUGUCAAUGAUUUACCCGAACUUCGAGUCACCCCAUCACAGUUUGAUGAGCAAGUCUCGACUGUCGUUGUUUCAACUAAAUCUGGAAUUGAUGGUAAAUUAUGAUUUCAUUGUAGUAAAAUAGAAAUCAUUCUGGGACGUAGGGCAACCACACUUUGUGUGAUCUACUACUGGACCUCUAAGGAGAACAUUGACAUUUUUGUCUCUUUUUAGGAACAAGGCUGUUUCAACCAGUGGGUUGCUAUAACGACAGGCAAAACCCGAGACCACUGCCUGAAAUGUUACAAAAUUUCCACGCAUCACCAACUGAUUGGUCCAGUUUCAAUAACACCAUCAUGAAAUGUGCCUUAUUGGCCAAGAAGAAGAAUUAUAAAUAUUUUGGUGUGCAGAAGUUUGGUCAGUGUUGGAGUGGACCAAGUGGGGACUCUAGUUACGCCAAGGACGGGAAGUCUUUACAAUGUAGUUAUGGCGUUGGCAAAGCAAACGCUCUUUAUGUCUACAGAUUCAGUGAUCAAGGUUAGAAAUUCAACAGUUCAGAAUUUAUAGAGUUAUCCAGUGUAAAUGAAGUUAGUUUAGGUUUCCUCCUGUAGUAACACUGGAUCAAUAAGAGAUGAUCCUUACUGGACCUCUAGGAAGAACAGUUUAGAACUGAUAGAGCUAUCCAGUAUAAAUAAAGUUAGUUUAGUUUAGGUUUCCUCCUGUAGUAACACUGGAUCAAUAAGAGAUGAUCCUUACUGGACCUCUAGGAAGAACAGUUUAGAACUGAUAGAGCUAUCCAGUAUAAAUAAAGUUAGUUUAGUUUAGAUUUCUUUCCUCAUGUAGUAACACUGGAUCAAUAAGAGAUGAUCCUUACUGGACCUCUAGGAAGAACAGAUUAUAACUGAUAGAACUAUCCAGUAUAAAUAAAGUGAGUUUAGGUUUCCUCCUGUAGUAACACUAAAAGAUGAUCGUUAUUGGACUUCUAGGAAGAACAGCGAUACUAACCAAUCCUUAUUUCUAGCCGUGAUUCCUCGUUCUAUGUACUAUCUUGCCGCAAACAUCUACAACAAGUACGGCAAGCCGAUCAUCCUGAAAUCCUCGGACAACCAACCGGCUGACCAGGUUAUCCCGGUCAACGGAGUGGCGCAACUAACCAAGGAUGUACCCAACCAAACCCCGGUCAUGUUUGAAGCAUUUGACGCGAGUGUAACAACGUUGAGACUGAGUAUGAAUGGCAGAAAAGGUGUCAGUAUUACACCUUCCACUGUUAAAGGAGCACCACAUACAGUGGUGAUUAAAGAUGGUAGGUUAUAGUGAAUGCUGGGUUUGGUGGAUAAUGAGCAUAUAUUAACACAAGGGCCGCAGGUUGGAUUCCUACCAGAGGGCGUAGUGUUGCAUGUAAUGUUCACAACCGUUCCUGAUUAGGUUUUAAAUUGAAUAUAUCACUUGGAUUAUCCACCAAACCCAACAUUCAAGCUAGUUCAACCAAGUCAAGUGCAAAAAACAUCUUUCUAUUUCACCUUACAUAAAAUAUUCAUCAAAGUUCUCAUGCUUCAAAAAAUAAAACCUCAUCAGCUAUUUUGUCCUACCAGCCGAAUUCAUAUUAUAGACAUGAAACUCCAGUCUAUGAAAACCCGCCUGAAUCACUAGCGAGCUGAAGCAAUCGACGUUUUUGUUAACACAAACGUCACACGAAAAUUGGUAUAACAAAUUUUGGCGGCAUUUUGCAAGGAAAUGUGUAAGGAAGAAAGACUUUCAAAAUCUUACAUGUGUUAAAGAAUAUGAUAUUUUAUUUUCCAGCUGGAACAGCAAGUGGUGUGGAGAAUUUCCCUUCUCCAAUCAGUAAGUUGAAGUUAUAGUGAAGAUAUUUUUGCUAUAUGUUCAAACUUUUCUUGCAUGUCGCGAAAUAUGUAUUUAAAUUCACACCCCUUUGUUAUAUUUUCAAUUAUAGGUACUUCUUUAAAUGGAGACGCCACAGGUAUUGGAGACAUUUAUGAUGAUGUUAUACUAAAUCGAGCUAUCACUUCUAAACUCUUCCUCCCAGGGUCCAAUGGCCAUUAUUGAUCCAGUGUUACUUCAAGAGGAAACCUGCUCGUUACAGAUAUAUCAAAUGAUUAGGUAAUUGAAUGCUAUAGAGGACAGUGAGAUUUUCAUUCAUUAUUUCCAUUCUUCUUAUCGUAGGAAUCCUUACAUCUCCUUGGAAUAUCAUGUUGACAAUUAUCAACAAAGUGGAUCGUAAUAUAAUCCUGUUCUCAAGUGAUAACGAUCCCCCGCAAGGGUUUAAGAUUAAACGAGGAUACAUCGUAACUCUGAGUAAAACUCUGAGUAGUCAACAGAUGGUUGUUUUCCGAGCGAUCGAGGAUCCCAGUAGAGCGAAGGUUUUGUUGAACGGCAAGGAAUGGAUUGAGGUGACAGCCAAGCAAGGAAAACCCACACCAGUUGCUGUCACUCUGACAGGUAAGGUUUGAGUGUGCUGUCGUUUGUAUCUGAACUUUCUGAAAAAGAUAUCUCAAAGUUGUUUGUCCAGUGUAGGUAGUAUUCUACACUAAGCUGUCGUGGUUUGUGUCUGAACUACCUAAAAAGAUAUCUCAAACGUGGUGGUCCAGUGUAGGUAGUAUUCUACAAUAAACUACCAUGGUUUGUGUUUGAACUACCUGAAAAAGAUAUCUCAAAGUUGUUUGUCCAGUGUAGGUAGUAUUCUACACUAAGUUGUCGUGGUUUGUGUGUGAACUAGCUGAAAAAGAUAUCUCAAACGUGGUGGUCCAGUGUAGGUAGUAUUCUACAAUAAACUACCGUGGUUUGUGUAUGAACUACCUGAAAAAGAUAUCUCAAACGUGGUGAUCCAAUGUAGGGAGUAUUCUACACUAAGCUGUCGUGGUUUGUGUCUGAAGAUUUUUACUAGUCAUCGUAUUAAACUCUUUAAUUUUAUUGAUUUCCUAGCGUUCAAAGGAGGAGCCAUUGCAACUGGUAAGCAACAGAAUAAAUGUUUUAGUUUUCCUCAUAAAUCUCAAGAUAUUAAACAACAUUUUUUCUUUAAUUUAGAAAACAACAAAGGGGCAGUUGCUGUCGAAGGUAAAUUUGAAUUAAACUCUAAAUUUUUCAGACAGAUGGGUUUUACUAAGCACUAUCGUGCAGGGGAAAUAAUGUUCAUUCUUCUCAUUAUAUGAAUCUUGUAUUUGCAAGCAAGUAAAUAGAAUCGAGAGAUAUAGUUUCAUUUUCUUGUCCUGUAAGUGCUAAAAUUUCCGAAGCUGACCACCAUUUGUCAUCCCACCAAUAUAAAAGUGCUGCCGAAGUCAUGUGAUAGAAAAUUCAUUCCAUUUUUCCAGCACCCCCCGUGACAGCCAGACAUUCGUGGAUCUUUACCUAUAUCCUGAAUGGCCACAUUCCGGGGGAUGUCCUCCUCAGUGUCCAUGGUAAAACUGUCGUCAAGAACAGUGCCACUAUAUUCGACGGUUCAAGCUCGUGGUUAGGUACAACCUUGCGUAGUACAGACUGUCUGAUUGCUCCGACCAACUGCAAAGAUGGUUUGUCUAUUGGUUUCAAGAUUAAGUUCAAUGGAUUGAUUAAGUUCCCAGAAGAGCGGUAUAUUGUUGAUACUGGUGUUCUGAGCAAGGGGACUCGCGGGAUCGCUAUAUACUUGCAAGGUGGUCAGUUGUUUUGUGUCGUCAUGUCCAUGACAGCACAGUGGAAGGUUUGUGUAAAAGUUUCCUAUUUUCACUCUGCCGCUCUAGUGCUUCAGCUAGACACGUAAAAACACACAAGUUGUAACAAACCUGCAUCGGACUUGUAGCAAUGCUGUUCCAACAACUUGUCAACAGGAUGUGUUCGCACUGCUUGUUCCCAGCUUGUUGACAAGUUGUCAACGACUUGUUUACAACUUGCUACAAAGUUGUUGAGCUCAGCAGAGUUGUUGCAAGUUGUUCCAACAACUUGUUAUCGUUCUGCAAUUCAACAAUUUGUCAACAAGUUGUGAGUGACAAUCUUGUAGCAACUUGAUGAAAUAACAGCAUUGUUACAACUUGUUAACAAACUUGAUACAAGCCUGUUGCGAACACAUCUUGUUGACAAGUUGUGAGAUUUUUAUGUGGUACAGUGGUUGUUAUCAAGUAUAAAUAAAGUUUAGUUUAGGUUUCCUCCUAUAGUAACACUGGGUCAAUAACAUAUUUCUUUGUUUCACAGCUCGGCAUGUCAGUAUUAAGCGAUCGUUGGAUAUUCAUUGGCAUAUCCUGGUCAGAGAAUCAAGGCUUGUAUCUCUUCAAUGACGGCAAGUUGGUUUCACAAACCAAAAUAAAAACACCUCAGAACCAAGUCCCUAUCGGAACUACUUCGCCAAACUUUGUGUUUGGUCGGUCGUUGGCGGGUUCCGGGUUUGCCAGGUUUUAUCUAGCCUCGUUUUCAACUUUUACAACUUUCCUCGCUCAGUCUGGAAUGAAACCUGUUUAUACUUAUUACUGGAGAAUAGGUAAGAGACUAAAUGGUCAGGGCUUGAAUCUAUUUGAUUCCGAGUUUUAAUUCCACAAUCAUUGGUCAGCUUUGUUUUUAGUUUCCUCCUGUAGUAACACUGGAUCAAUAAGGGAUGAUCCUUACUGGAUCUCUAGGAAGAACAGUUUAGAACUGAUAGAGCUAUCCAGUAUAAAUAAAGUUAGUUUAGUUUAGGUUUCCUUCUGUAGUAACACUAGAUGAAUAAGAGAUGAUCCUUAUUGGACCUCUAGGUAGAACAGUCUAGAACUGAUAGAUUUCAAAAGUUUCCUCCUGUAAUAAGACUGGAUCAACAAGAUAUCUCGAAGAAGAACAUAUUAGACAAACCGAUAGAGCUACCUGUAUAAAUAAAGUUAGUUGCGGCUGAAUGAUCGAUCAAUUAUGAUUGGUUAUUUAGUUACUUGUUAGACUAAUUAGCUAAUCAGUCAAUUAUGUAAUUGAUCAAUUAGAAGACUAAUUAUUUUCUUGAUUAUGUAGGUUUGUCUCAACCGUCAGAUGGUAAAACUUUCAUCGACAUCAAAAUUUCUAACCAAGCUGGCAGGGACAUUGUGUUAAUGUCGAGCGAUAAGAUGCCGCCGAAAGGCUUAACAAUAAUCAAAGGAGUCAUGUUAGAUUUUGUCAAACAAUUUAGCGGAGCGGCGAAGGUCACUUUCACGGCGAAGGAUGUUAUGACUGGUCAACUUAUAUACCUCAAUGGAAAGAAGUCGCUAACAUUGACAGCUUCGAGUGUUAAAGGACAUAAAUUCACCAUAUUUGCUACAACCAAGCCUGGUCAGAUCUCAACAGGUAACUUGCCGUGCUUUUUCUCUGAACCGAACUGUUCGCUGUUUAGGUCCAGUAAGAAUCAACUUCUUUUGGUCCAGUGUUACUACAGGAGGAAACCAGAAUACAAGGAGAAAACCUGCUGUGUUUGGAAGAGUCAAACUGGAAGCACUCUUCUCACAUGUGACUGAGGUGAAAUUAUAAUCAGACAAAUGCAUAUUGCAGGAAUUGAACUCUGGGCACAGAUGUGAAAAAUGGAUCGACCACUCUUGUAAGCUUAAUGCAGCAUAGAACAUAUGUCUACAUUUGUCUUUUCUCUUCUAGAAACCUCCCAAUUUUACUUCGUCUUAAAAGUGCUGAACAAGGCCGGUUCAGACAUAUUUAUAAAAUGUACAGAUGGCGUCCCCAAGCAAGGAUUUGCUGUCAAGAAAGGUUUUAUUGUCGUCAUAACAAAACUGACCAAUAGCGUGACACCUGUGGGAUUCUCAGCCAGUGAUAUUCACGGAAAAGCUGUGCUCCUGAACGGGAAGGCUCACCUCACUUUAACUCCGAGUACUGUGAAAGGAGAGCCAAUGAAAAUCACUGUUCAAAAUGCUCAAGGUACGUACUUCAUGUAACAUUCACCAAUGUGACUAUAGAUUAAGGAAUGAUCCAACUUUCCGACCAAGGGCUGUCGCUCGAAACGUCGAAGUUCUCCUUGUAUUUUUCAGGUAGUUGUAUCAAUCCAAAACUUUCUUAUUAUUGGCACACACUGACACAGACCUUUAAGGAAUGACCCAUUACACAUACUUACCCAUUGUAAUUAUACUGACCCCUUGCACCUACUGACCAGUAAACAUUAAGAAAUUGCAUAUCACAUUUAUUAUAUAAAGUAUAGUGCUUUAUGUACUAUUUAAAGCACGCGUAGGAGUGUUUUUUUAUGUUUAAAGACACGAGCGCGCAGCGCGAGUGGCUUUAGACAUAAUAAAACACGAUCUGCGAGUUUAUUAAACGGCUUCAAAAACUCAUUAAUAAUUCAUGAAGCAAUUAUCCAAUCUUGAGUAAGAAAUUAGUCACGUGCAUACGUCUUUAUACCAGCUAAAGAACACUUUAACAAAAGACCAUUGUUAUGCAAACUAUAUAAAGAUUUUUAUAUAAAGAUUUGACUUAUUAUGCAAACGUUUUUGAAGCCAUUUAAAAAACUCGCAGGUCGUGUUUUAUCAUGUCUAAAGCCACUCGCUUCACAUGUUGUGAAAAUUAUCACUUUUCAAUUAUCGUUUUUCUGUAAAAAUUAUCGUUUUUCAAAGACUGUCCUUUAUAUAAUAAACAGAAAAAUACAUGAAUGCUUGGAAAUACCAGAUUUAUUUCUCGUGUUGAACAUGAUAUCUCACUCGUUCACUGAGCUCACUCUUGAGAUAUCAUGUUCAACACACGAAAUAAAUCUGGUAUUUCCGCGCACCCAUGUAUAACGAAAGAAACUAGAGUUGUUUAUUCCAUAUUCUGAUGGUACUUCAUUUCAACUUGUCCUCCCGAUGUCAAACUUAAGCUCGUAUUGUGGUCAACAGCAAUGGGUCUAUAUCUUUAUUUAAUUUUACUUUUUUUAAAUCCAUGAUGUUUUUCGUUGUUCAGCAUCAGGCGGGCCCAGAUAUUACAUUGGACUGAAACUACUCAAUAGAGCUGGCUCUGAAGUCAUUCUAAAGUCCAGCGAUCAUAACCCAGCAUCUGGUUUCAAAAUCAAGCAAGGUUUAGUUGUUCUCAUCACAAAAACAGUCGCGUCCACUCAGCCGGUCAUGUUCACCGCUCUUGACAGCAAAGGAGGAAAAGUUAUUUUGAAUAAUAAAAUGAAUCUUAUCUUAAAACCGUCGCCAGUCAAAGGACAACCGUUUACAGUGUCUAUGACACCCACUGCAG